CGCCAAACUCGUGUGUUUUUGUUUCUUGUCAAAAAAGCUUGAAAGAAAAGCUUAAAAUUUUAUAUUUAUAGUGAAUCAAAAUGAGCGGAGGAGUCUACGGGGGAGAUGAGGUUGGAGCUCUUGUCGUUGAUGUCGGUGCCCAUACUUUCCGCGCUGGAUAUGCCGGGGAAGAUUGUCCAAAGUACGAUGUUCCUGCUUAUAUUGGAGUGAUUGGAGAUGAAGAAACAAAAGAUGAACAGAUGGAAACAGAUCAUCCAACAGAGGGAACUGCAAAGAAACCAGAUACCAGAAAGUAUUACAUUGACAUCAAUGCCAUAUCAGUACCUAAAGAAAACAUGGAAAUUAUGACACCCAUUAAAGAUGGGAUGAUUGAAGAUUGGGAUCUGUUUGAGAAGAUGCUGGAUUACAUUUACAAGAAAAACUUCAAGUCUGAUCCAGUGCUACAUCCUUUACUUAUGUCUGAGGCAUCGUGGAAUGUUCGACCCAAACGUGAAAAGCUCACAGAGUUAAUCUUUGAAACAUACAAUGUACCAGCAUUUUUCCUUUGUAAAAAUGCCGUACUCACAGCUUUUGCAAACGGAAGGUCAAAUGGUUUAGUGAUUGAUUCUGGUGCCACCCAAACAAGUGCUGUCCCUGUUCAUGAUGGAUAUGUCUUACAACAAGCCAUCGUCAAGUCUCCGUUAGCAGGGGAUUUCAUCACUGCACAGUGCCGACAGAUGUUUGAAGAAACUAAUGUUGAGAUUGUUCCACCUUACCUGAUAGCUAGCAAGGUAAGUAACUUCUUACUACCCUCAAAUUGGUAUAGAAUACUAAAUGAUUUUUUUAAAUCCCAAUUCCUUAAAAAGGAGGUCAUAAGAGAUUUUCAAAAGAGUGUUCUACAAGUGUGCGAUAGUGCAUAUGAUGAAGGUAUUCUCAAUAGCAUACCAACUGUUUCGUAUGAGUUUCCCAAUGGCUACAACAACUCUUAUGGCUUGGAGAGAUUUAGAAUCUGUGAAGGUCUCUUCGAUCCUUCAAAUGUUAAGGGUAUAGAAGGCAGUACAGCCAUGGGUGUGACACAAGUCGUAACAACUAGUGUUGGAAUGACAGAUAUUGACAUUAGAGCAGGUCUGUUUGGUAGUGUGAUAGUUACUGGUGGUAAUACCUUAUUAUCUGGCUUUGUCGAUAGACUGAACAGAGAGCUUCUAUCUAAAACCCCACCGAGUAUGAGACUCAAACUUAUAUCCAAUAACUCAUCUGUGGAGAAAAGAUUUAAUCCAUGGAUUGGUGGCUCCAUAUUAGCAUCCUUGGGGUCGUUCCAACAAAUGUGGAUAUCAAAGCAAGAAUAUGAUGAACAGGGCAAAGGAUGCGUCGAGAGAAAAUGCCCUUAGACCAUUAUACACUCACUCUCCUUUGCUCACUGGGAUUAUAAAUAUUAUACAGUACAUCCUAGCAUGAGCAUCGAUCGAUGUGACAUCUUCGUGUACAAAAAGCCAUCUUAAUGCCCCUUGCAUGUGACGUCAUAGCAGCAAAAUUUAUAAGACAAAACAAAAGAAUUUCAAUCUCCUGAGAAUUGGAAACCUAUUGUCAUGUCCUCCAAAUUGAGCUGCAUUCCGACGUGCUGCAAGCGAUUUAUAGACAUUUUUAGCUUUGUUUCUAAUGUUUCCCCAUUACAGUCCACGUGUCAUUCUCUAGGGUAUCAUUUCUUUGUUUAAUGCUUGUGCAUGAGAAGACACACGAAAAUGAAUACAACUCUAACAAAGAAUCUUAUUCUCAAGGAAGUUACACGUUGUCUGAAGCAUUACGCUCGAGGUAAAAGGGUCUAUUACUGAUUCGAGGAAGAACUAGGUGACCCAAUGCCAAGAAAGAAAGAAAGUUCCUUAAGCCCCGUUUACACUGGCGAUUUUUGUGGCAAUUUUCGGAAAUAUGAAAUAUUUUGUCUCAUCCUUCCAAAGAGGCAUUCGUCUAGAAAAAUCUUAGUAUCCCAAAUAAAACUUUACAAGUCAAUUCUUUACCAUUAUUUAUUAUGGACAAUAUCGCAAAAAUAUCACAGCAAAAAUCGCAAAAAAAUCGCUAGUGUAAACGGGGCUUUAUGGACGCCUUGUUUGUACUCCCCGCCUCAUUGGCUAAUGUAAAACUCCUAGGGUAUAUGUGACAUCAUAGCGCCCAUCAUAGUAAUAGACCAGUUUCGAAUUCCAAAUUACCGCUGUGUGUCUUGAUUACAGACUCAUUUGCACAGGGUUAGCCUCGUAUCAGUGUUUAAAUAUUCACAAAUACCAACGGUAAAGUAAAGAA